GGUACACUUUCAGUCAGCUUAAUCACAGUGCUGACACCAACAGGGACACAUACUAAAAUACGCACAGGGAGUGUGUGUCUUUUCUGUGAGAGCGAGAGCGGAACAGAGAGUGUAAGGGGACAAGAGAGACUUGAGUUCUGUCCCUGGAGUGGAACUUCCACUCACCAAAAGAUCCAGGAUGUUCAAGAAGAAGGAUAGUAAUACCGUGAAGGUGUCCAGCAAGACCAGCAAGCCCACAACCAACGACUUGGCCUUGGUGAUUGCGCGCAUGCAAAGUAAUUCCGACCAAGUGGAGAAAGAUAUCCUCCGGGCCGAAGAGCUACUUGCUGUGGACGCAGAGAGUUUGAAGAAGAACCUGCCCCUCCAGCACCAGAAAGUGGUGGCAAACAACCUGUCUGAGGCUGAGGGCCUGCAUGACCUCUUCCUGGAUGUGGACAAGGCCAAGAAGUACAAACACCCCCAAGGCAGCGAGAUAGAGAGCGAUGUCAGACACCUCCAUGACCGCUGGCUGAAAGACUGUGCCUUCUACCGGGACAUCUAUGAGCCUGUCAACGAUGUGGAGCUAAUGCCCAGAAUCGACUGGGCUUCAGUGCUCAAUCAGAAACAGAGGGAGGUGAACACAGAAGAGUAUGGGCCCACCAUGGCUGACCUGAAGAAGCAGAUCGCUGCCCACAACAUCCUGCACAAGGAGAUCGAAGCCUACAGCUCCCAGCUCAGCACCAGCUCCACCAGCACCAAGGAGGAGUAUGCUACCAUCAAGAAACAAUACAACAACCUUUUGGACAAUUCAAAAUGGCGGCACCACUACCUGAGCAGUCUGUAUGACUACAUGCAGGGCUGUAACAAGGAGCUGGCCUAUCUAGGAGACGAACAGGACAAGAUCCUGAAACAGGACUGGAGCGACCACAUGUUGGACCCUCCGGAUGUCCGCAGACAGUAUGAGAACUUCAAGAACAACAGCCUGCUGUCCCAUGAAAGCGAAGUGAACAAACUCCAGGAUGACGGAGAUCGACUCAUUGAACUAAAGCACCCGGCCAGCAACACUAUACAGGCUCAGAGAGAUGCUUUGCGGAAUGAAUGGCAGAAGUUCCUUAACCUGUGCAUCUGCCAAGAGACCCAUCUGGAUUACAUUGAGGAUUUCAAGAAGUACCAACUAGAUGUGGAGACACUAUCGGAGUCUCUGAGUGAACUCAACUCUAGCCUGAAGAAAGUGGAAGGCAUAACUGGUAGGAGCGGCUCAGCGAUGACUCUGCAACUGGAGGCAGAGGAGAGCACGGUGCAACGUAACGAGCAGCUCCUGGCUGACCUGAGGAAGAGGAGCACCACCAUCGCCCCCCUCAAGCUGCGCCGCUACCCGCCCACCAGGUCCACCACCGUGGAGUCCCUCUGUGACUGGAAGACUGAGAAGGCUGAACUCACUCGAGGGGACAAGUUCACCCUCAAGUCGAAUUCAGACGUUGAGAACUGGGACGUAUUGAACAGCAGUGGGGCAACCAAAAGCUUUCCAGGGGUCUGCUUCCUGAUCCCACCACCUGACCCAGAGGCCAUUGCCACCGUAGACCUACAUGGUGAUGUGCUUGACGACAUCAAGAAGAGGAGGGCUGUUUAUUUAGGCACAAUGAAGGACAAGAUCCGUUGUGUCGAAGAGAGACCUGUAUACACAGCCCCUCCAUCCAACCCUAAAGCUAAAGCCGUGGCCGGUCAGCUGGAUAAGCUGGAUGAGGACCUGGUCAAAGCCAAGCAGGGCAUGCUGAGCCGUCUGAGGGCCCCGCUGGACCGCAGUGACCCCACCACCGACCUGGCCAAGAGGCUGAAGGAGCAAGAGAAAGCCGCAGAUGCUCUGGCGGCUAUGGAGCAGCCGAAGUUGGAGAAGGACGCCUCCAGAGGCCUUGCAGCCAAACUUCAAGCUGCCAAGGACAAGCAAGAUGGCAUCGCAGCCCUGGCCGACCUACUUAACAAGAAGGCUAAUGCAUCUCUGAACCUGGAGAAGCAGAUCAAGAAAGUGGACGGCAUCGUCUCUGGCUUUGAGGAAAAGCUGAAUAAGGAUGGCCCUAUCCCAGAUGCCCCCGAUGCUAUUCAGGCCCGCACCCAGGAGAUCCAGAGUCUGCGUAAGGACGGCGGCUCUCAGGAUGAACUGAAGAAGCUGGGCCAGGACCUGGAGACCAGCCAGCAGCUGUGUAGUUCCCUGCAGCAGGGCUACCAGGAGUACUGCCCAGACAUCCAUCGCCAGGGGACCCAGGUCAAACAACUACAGAACCGCUACUCUAACGUCAACAACCAGCUGAAGGAAAGAGAGGGCCUCUUGCAAGAGGCUGCAGGCAAGAACCAGGAAUUCCAGAACACAAGCAAAUCUCUGAACUACUUCCUGAAAAAUCUGCCCGACAACCAGAUCAGCCCCAGCGAUGACCUAUCACAGGUCAACUCCAAGCAGACCUCCCAGAAGAGGGUGGUGGAUGACAUCAAGAGGAAGGGAGACGACCUGGACAGAGUGGUUGACCUUUCCCAAGAUUUGCAGAAUAUCCUCAAUGAUUAUGAGGUCAACACUGACAAAUACAGCAGCACCCUUGAUAAUGUGGGAGCCAAAGAUGCCAAAAAACCUCACACCUCCACCCUUGCUGAUACUGUGCAGAACCAGGAAAAGGCUUUGGUGAACCACUAUGCUAAAACGUCAGCUGAGAAUGACCAGCUGCUCAGUCAGAUGGGCUUUGCUAAGAACCUCAUCGCUCAGAAACAUGAGAAACAAUCCAUAGAACCAACCAUAAAACCAACCAUAAACAUAAAGAGCCUGCAGCAAGAGUUGAGUGCGGAGCACGAUAGACGCAGCCGUGCUGAGACUGACGUGGAAACAUUCAAGACCAGGAUGCUAUCUCUGAAGAGCCGUAAAGGGAUGUAUCGAGUUGAGGAGAAGGAGGUGCUCGAGUACUACCGCGACCCUAAACUGGAAACCGACCUAAAAGAUCUGGAGGACCAAAUCCACAAAGAGGCCUUGAAGCGCAGCCGUACCCAGGGUGAGAUCGAGGGUGUGAAAAGCAAAAUCGCCACUGUUGGGGGCGACCUUAAGUGCAUCAAGCCCAAACUGGUGACUAGAGAGGUGACUGAGUUUGAGAGAGAUCCUCAGUUGGAUGUAGAAGCCUCCAAGUUAAAAGAUGAGAUCGGCAAGAUAAAGGAUGAGGUUCGAGUAAAAGAGGGAGAAGUCAUUCAACAGAAGACAGAGGUCACCAUUCUGAAUGCUACAAGACCCAACAUCAGGGAGAAGGUUAUGAAAAAGGAGGUGAUUCGAUUGGAGAAGGAUCCAGAGAUGCUCAAGGCUGUUAAAACGUUUGAGAAGGAAAUCACAGAUGAAGGCAACAAGAGCAAGACUCUGAAUGACGAGAUCUUCCAAACGAGGAGCCAGAUCAAUGCAUUGGAGAGGAUCAUUCCCACCAUUCAGCCCAAGGUGGUCACCAGGGAGGUGAAGAAAGUCGAACAGGACCCUGAGCUCAUCAAUGAAUCCAAGAGGAUUCGAUCAGGCCUAGAGGAAGAGAAAAUUGAGACAGACUCUCUGGAGGAGGUCUCUCAGCUCAAAAGUCGCUAUACCGAGGUGGGGCAGUGGAAGCCAAUCGAGCUCAAGGAAAUCGUCAAUGAGAUCUACCGCAUAGAUCCACAAACAGAGUUGGAGAUAAUGCGUCUGAAGAAAGAUGUUCAAGACUUGAACAAGCAGCGUUCUGACUUACAGGAUCAGAUCACUCUGGUCAUGGUCGAUCUGGAAGCCCUGCGUUCCAAGAAGCCAAAGGUGGAGCUGAAGGAAGUAAUCCAAGACGUGGUGAAAGAGGAGAGGAGCCCUGAGAACGAAAGAGAGAUACAGAGGCUCAAUGAUCAGGUGAACCAUCUGCACCGUACUUACAAUAAUGUAGAGGACCAGAUUAACCUCCUGAGAAAAGAGAGGGACGAGUGGAAAGCAGAAAAAUCCAAGGUGGAGACAAAGCUUAUGACCAAAGAUGUCUUCAAGUAUGAGGAUGAUCCGCUCUUGGAGAAGGAGGCAGAUCGGCUGAGGAAGGAGGUACGCGAAGAGCAACAGCGUCGCCGUACCACUGAGGAGAUGGUGUUCGACCUGCAAAACAAGUACAUCCUGCUGGAGAGACAAAAGCCAGAGGAGAAGGUGGUGGUGCAGGAGGUGGUGCGUCUACAGAAGGACCCCAAGCAGAUAGUUGAGCAUGAUAAGCUUGGCAGGAGCCUGGAUGAGGAGGUUAAGUCUCGCCGGCAGCUAGAGCUUGAGAUGCAAAAACUUAAAACCUUAGUGGAGGAGAAGGAGAGCAUCCUAAAGCAGAGUGACGAACAUCAGAAGAAGAUUAAAGUGGAGUCUGAACUGAAACAGAUCAAACUGCGCAUCAAAGAGCUGGAGAAUGCCCCACCGCCCGUCGAGGAGAGUAUCGUUGUCGAGGAAGUCCUGAAAGUUGAGAGAGACCCCAAACUGGAGAGGAUGACCAACAGUCUUCGCUCAGACAUGGACAAGGAAACCAAUGAUGUCCUGCAUAUUCAGAGAAACAUCAGGAAUACCAAUGUCAAGCUUGAGCUCCUUCAGCGAGAGAAGGCCAUAGAGAAGACGGUGUACAAAGAGGUGAUCCGGGUGGAGAAAGACCAGGCUGUAGAAGCAGAGAGAUACCGCCUGAAGGGCCUGGUGUCUCAGGAGAAACAUGCCAGGCAGGACCUGGAGGAAAAAAUCAAACAACUCUCUGACAAACUCAACCGACUGAAUGGCACUCAGUCAAGCACUUCUCGGGAAGAGACAAGUCUCAUUCUGGCCAGGGACACCUUGCAGAGGGAGAAAGACAACCUCACCCGGGAGCUGAAGAAGUUGGAGUCUGAGAGGCAGGACAUCAGCUUAUCGUUCCAGCAGCAAACCAAGCUGAUGAGCGAGAGAAGCCAGAUCAACAGGCAAAAGAGCGUCAAGAUGGAGUCUGACGUGCAGCGCCUGGAAAGGGAGAUACUGGACGAGAAAGACACCAUCCACCAGAAAGACAACACCAUCAGGGAACUCCAGAGGGACAAGGAGAAGGAAGACCAUACAGAGACCCAAAAGGAGACCAACGUCUCCACUAAAAUCACCAUCUUGGACCCUGAUACCGGCAAAGAACUAUCGCCAUAUGAAGCCUACCUGCAGGGACUGAUCGACCGUACCCAGUACAUGCAUCUGCAAGAGCUGGAGUGCGAUUGGGAGGAAAUUACUUACGGACCUGAUGGGGAGACCUCUGUGCUGCAGGAUCGCAAGAGCGGCAAGCAGUACUCCAUCAAAAAUGCCUUGAGAGACGGCAAACUGACCCAGUAUGAUCUGCAAAAAUACAAGGGUGGGAAAAUGCCCAUUUCAGAGUUUGCCCUGCUUGUCGCAGGUGAAAAAGAAAAACAGCCCAAGUUCAACUCAAUCACAUCAAAGCCAGCAUCCUCGCUAAAGUCGUCCCCUACUAGCAGCGCCCCUGUUCCUGCCCUUGCCCCUAAGGAAAUAUAUCCUAUCGCUGGUGUAAUUGACACAAACACAGACACAUGCUUCUCCAUACGCAGUGCUGUGGCCCGCAAGCUGAUCGAAAGCGGCACGGCACAAAAGCUGUUGGAAGCACAGGCUGCUACUGGGGGCAUCAUUGACAUCAGCAACAAGGAGAGAUACUCAGUCCACAAUGCAGCCGAGAGGGGCCUCAUCGAUUCGAGCCAACUGCAGAGGCUACUCAACGCCCAGAAAGCCUACACUGGCGUGGAGGACCCCAUGACCAGAGAACGCCUGUCGGUGGGAGAGGCCGUCCUGAAAGGUUGGAUGCCCAAAGAAACUGCCCUGCGUUACAUGGAGGUGCAGCACCUGACAGGAGGGCUGGUCAAUCCCAACAACACGGACCGUGUUGGCAUACAGGAGGCCAUUGGAGCCAAGAUGAUUGACAGCACCAUGAUGAGAGAGCUUCUGUCCGAGUACAACUACGCCAAGGAAAUCGUCGACCCCACAACAAACGAUAAAAUCAACUACAAGCAAGCGAUGGCCCGCUGCAAGACAGAUCCUCUGUCUGGCCUGCUGAUGCUACCUGCUUCCUCCAAAGUGUCUGACAGCAGCUACACCCCUACAUACAAUUCUCAUCGAUUCUCUUCUAGAUAAUAGACCUGUUAACAGUGUGCUUGGAGGGUAUUCUUGUCUCUAGGGUGAUUUAUAUGAAGUCAAAUUAUAUUGUAUAAACUUAAAUAUCAAUACUACCCAGAAUGUAUAAUUUCAUUUUGUCUGAAAAUACUGCGUAGCUCACUGUAAGGUCAUAAUUGUUGCUGCUGAGUUGCUUUUGUUUACCAAAUUAGUUUGAAGUGGGCAGAAUCUACUUUAAAAAAGGAAACGUUUUAUGUUAUUUGUUUAUCCUUGAUAUUAUUGUUUUACUAGAGAUGAUGGGACUUGGUGCAAUGUUAUUUACUAAGUUUUGCUUGUUUAUUUCUUAUUAUUCUCAUGUCUUAUUAUUUCCCUGACACUGAUCCUUUUAAAUGCAACCUUGAUACUGUAUCAAGAAAAUAAUUAUUCAUUAAAGAUUAUAUUGUCAA